AUGCCUGCAUUCAAAGAGAACAUGAAAACCUAUACAUUCAAGGUAGUGGUUCUGGGGUACUACUCUGUGGGCAAAAGCAGUUUGGUGCUUAAAUACGUCAAGGGGGAAUUCAACCCCAAUGAGGAAAGUACGAUAGGUGCAUCCUUUCUAACAAAGACCAUAUUCACCCAGGAAGGAAGUAUUAAAUUUGAAAUAUGGGACACAGCGGGACAAGAGAGAUACAAUAGCCUGAUUCCCAUGUAUUACCGUGGUGCACAGGUGGCCUUGAUAGCAUACGAUAUAACUUCUAUGGAAAGUUUUGAGACUGCAAAAAGAUGGGUCGAGGAGCUUAGCUUUGAGAAGCCGAAGGAGUUCAUUAAGGUUUUGAUUGGGAACAAGUCUGAUCUAGAAAGUGACAGAAAGGUGGAGUAUCAGAAAGGGAAAGAAUAUGCAGAUAGCCAGAAUCUGUUGUUUUUUGAAUCAAGUGCAAAGACAGGUAAGAACAUAGCUGAGAUAUUCAAUGCAAUUGCAGAAAGAGUCCCUAAAGAAGAGGCUAAGAAGAAGACAAAAGGAUUCAGACUAAAAGACGAUUAUAUAAAAUACCUUUGCUGCUGA